CUUUAGUCUCCCACCGCCCAAAAUGCACCCGCCUCCCGCUAGCCGCUGCUCGGACCUCCAACAAUUGCCCCCCGGCCCACCGGUCACCUGUACGGACGUCGGCCGCCACUGCCCAGCGGCACAGCCGCCGGCCACCCCCAUCCAGCGGCACACAUGAUUGCCCAUCUCAAUCGUCCAGUCAUGCGCCUGCUCGCCGCCGCCGUCCUCAAGCCUGCUCGCCACCGUCGUUCCCAAGUUUGCUCACCACCGCCGUCACCAAGCUUGUUCGUUGCCGCCGUCCCCAAGCUUGCUCGCCGCCGCCGUCCCCAAACUUGCUCGCCGCCGCCGUCCCACCACACAACCACCUCCUCGUUGCUUCCGUUAACCCGUGUGCCUUCUCACCCGCCACUUGAGAUUAGGUUGUGUGGGCUUCUUCUAUUUAAUGAAAUUAGAGUUUGCGAGCAUAUGGACCCACUGCCCCAUCAUCGACGUCGCCCCAGUAGUACCUUCGCCUGCCGCACAGCCGCCGACCACCACCGUCCAACCACAUAAUGUUGGAGACGAAACCUAGGUUAAAGACGAUUGAAGACAGUGUAUGAAUUUCUAGGACAGUGAGUAAUGAACGCAGUGAUUAAUUUGUAUUUAAUGCAGUGAAUAUGACAAGAAGUGACGUGGUAUGACAGAAACUCUAAAUAUUUAUAGAAAUUAGUUCAAAU